GUUUGCGUCAGACCCACCAUGACACCCACGGAAUUCACAAGUUUUGUCCCUAACCUGUCUGACGAGUACGGCUACGACUCCUCAUCUUCCAUAGACGACUACGUGAACUUCAACUUCACGGACUUCUUCUGCAAGAAAAGCAACGUCAGGCAGUUUGCGAGCCACUUCCUCCCGCCGCUGUACUGGCUGGUGUUCAUUGUGGGCACCGUGGGCAACAGCCUGGUCGUCCUCGUCUACUGGUACUGCACUCGAGUGAAGACCAUGACCGACACGUUCCUGCUGAACCUGGCGAUCGCUGACCUCCUCUUCCUCUUCACUCUUCCCUUCUGGGCCAUCGCCUCUGCUGACCAGUGGAAAUUCCAGACCUUCAUGUGCAAGGUGGUGAACAGCAUGUACAAGAUGAACUUCUACAGCUGUGUGCUGCUAAUCAUGUGUAUCAGCGUGGACAGGUACAUCGCCGUCGCCCAGGCCAUGAAGGCGCAGACCUGGAGGCAGAAAAGGCUUCUGUACAGCAAAAUGGUUUGUGUGACUGUCUGGCUCGUGGCGGCCAUGCUCUGCAUCCCGGAAAUCCUGUACAGCCAAACCAAGGAGGAAUCUGAUGUUACCGUCUGCACCAUGGUUUACCCUCAUGACGAGAGCACCAAACUGAAGUCGACUGUCUUGACCCUGAAGGUGAUCCUGGGCUUCUUCCUUCCCUUUGUGGUCAUGGCUUGCUGCUACACCAUCAUCAUUCACACUCUCACCCAAGCCAAGAAGUCGUCCAAGCACAAGGCCCUCAGGGUGACCAUCACUGUCCUUACUGUCUUCGUCCUGUCUCAGUUCCCCUACAACUGCGUUCUGUUGGUGCAGACCGUCGAUGCCUAUGUCACGUUCGUCUCCAACUGUGCCAUUUCCACCAACAUUGACAUCUGCCUCCAGGUCACUCAAACCAUUGCCUUUUUCCACAGUUGCCUGAACCCUGUUCUCUACGUCUUUGUGGGGGAGCGAUUCCGCCGGGAUCUGGUGAAAACCCUGAAGAACCUGGGUUGCAUCAGCCAGGCUCAGUGGGUCUCCUUCACAAGGAGAGAGGGGAGCUUGAAGCUGUCAUCUAUGCUGGAGACAACCUCGGGAGCUCUCUCCCUCUGAGGGAUCUUCUCUCUGAGAUGGAUGGUCCUUUCGGAAGUAACAAGAAAGACAGACAGAGUUUCCCAACCAAUGGGACCGAAGGGAAAACAAAGAAAGAAAAGGAAGAGAGGAAGAGAAAAAGAAAAACUCAGAAAGGAAUGAAUUUAAACAUCACUUUGAGUCAGAAUUUGCCAAGCCAGAGUUUUCAAACUGACGGGCUAAGCCAGGAGGUUGUUGGCUGGCCCUGCAAUGCCUGGAAUUUUCAGAGGACUAAUGGCAGACCACCCUAGUGCCACCUGCCCGGGCAUCAAUGCAGCUGACCUCUGGAGGAGGAGUCUCAGCUUCUCAGUGCAUUGCGAAUUGCUGUGGUUUCAGUUCUGUGCCACCCCUUCCAAAAGGAAAUACAGAAGCAUUAGCCACUCUAUAUAGUCCACAAAAGGACAAGGUUUCAUGAAAACUUCCAUCUCUGGGGGAUUUCUAUCCUGGUUUGGAGGCGGAUACGCAUGCCAGGUCUUAUAGGUUCUUGACCUAGAAUCUUUCCAAACAACCUCAGAUCUAAUUCCCCUUUGGUCUCCUUGAUACUUUCUGGGCCAGGAAGGAUCCUUGUUCCUGUUUUGAGACUCUCUGCAGGACUUAGUCAGUGAGCCCCUGCACAAGAGACCAUAUCAGCAGUCAUCCGGAUCCUGGUGGUUUCCAACCCGUUUUGGUGUCCUGUGACUCCACGUUUGGCUGCCGGGUUGCCCUGGGCAAGGAUUCAGAUUGUCUGCUGGUGUCGUGGAGGUGAUCCUCUCAGCCGGCGCAGGGACACCGAGAACCCAACCUGGAGGAACCAGCCCUGGAGCCCUGACACUGGGGUGGGCUCCCUCUGCCGAGCGGCUUUUGUGAUGAUCCAUUUUGCUACCUAUAAAAUGGGUUGGUCCUAUUGACCCUCUUAUUUCUGGGGCUGCUGGAAGGAUACUUGCCUCCAUGCUUCUCCUUUCUUACUGUACAGUGUUAGCAUGUUUAAAAGCUUUCAACGUAGAGAUUAGGCUGAAAAGAAGUAAUAGAAUUCUUUUGUUUUGUUUUGUGUCUUUCUUUUAGCUACUUGGCAAAUUCAUCACAUUUGAAAAUACUUCUUAUUAGAAAAGUGCUUUUUAAUGUACAUUUAAAAAUAUCUAUUACCGGCCACUUUCUUCCCCCUCUCUAUUUUAAAUAUGUAUACAAUUACAGAUCAAAUAGCCAUAUGAAGAGUAAGAGACUGGGAGAAGGAAAUAAACUUGCCAAAAUACCUUGAAAGCAUCUUGGCUGACCAGUUUUUACCUCUCCUUUGGUCAAAGUGACUUCCAAGUUUUCCCAGUUAGCCCAGUGGAAUUUCCACGGAGGACUAUUAGAGCAGCACCGUAAACCAGCAGCUCUAGAGAAAGCAUCUGCUUUUCCCAGUGUGCUGUGAAUGACUAUAUUUUCACAUCCCAGGCUUUCCCUUCCAAAGGAGACACAAAAGCAUUGGACUACGCCACAUUCUCCUCCUUCUGCCGCCCACUUCCGAACUAUGUGUUAGUGAGACAGGGAGCAGAAAAUGGGCAGCAUGACAGAGAGCAAGAGGAUGAUGCAAAGGCCUCACUACCCCAUCCCGGGACUGGGCAGUUGGUGGCAAAUAAGCAUCAGCCUGGGACCAGCAUGUCAACAUGGGCUCCAGUACCACAAGCACCGCCUACUACAGUCAAGGGGAGCAUGUCUUCGUCAAGGUCAGAAAAUGGACAGAGCCGUCCGUAUGGCCACCAGAAGACACAGAUAGCGUUUGGGGAACUUGGAAGGAUGAGUAAUAGGCAUGAGCCAAACCUACAAACACUGUACAGUUAGGUGGAAAAACCACCACUGACUUUGGCUUUUCCAUUCUAUGCCCUCUUGAUACUGUGGUUCUAGUACCAUGUGUCAUGGGGGGCCCAGUGGAGAUGAGGCUGGGGGGAGGGAUGGAAAGAGGAAGCUGAGCCAUGAUUGUGUCUGUAGCGUCUACUCGCAGUCUAGAGUUACUUAAGUAACACGAUGAUGGAAUCUUAGUGGGAAUUUAGAGGUAAAUACGACUUAGGCCAAUGUACGUUAGUUGGAAAAAAGGGCCAGGAGCUCCACCUUUCCCCCUCUGAUUUUUAAGAAAGGAGACGUGGGACCAUCACAAGAACUACCGACCAUGCAUUGCACCCUGAUGCACGUGACCAUGUGUAGUUUCAAGGGCUUCCUUUAGACCCGACUGUCAGUGUUGGCCUGUCCCAGCCCCAACACGGUUUCGAUGCCGGGUGAAAGGCAUGCUGUAACUGUAUCAUAUUUUAAAGAUUUUAGGCAUCCUUUGUUGGCAAAUUGUCUUCGGUUUUAAGUGAGUGCAUAAAUAGGACCAUUUUACAUUCAAAGCAAAGUAGGUUUCAGUAACAUAUUGAGCUAAAAAUGUUGGAAGAGUCAAUAUGGGGAAAUCCAUGAGGAAGUUGGGAGCCAUUCAACAUUUCUAGAGCAGAUAUACACUGUGUGAGUACUUUUUGAAAUAAAGAUAAAAGGGGAUAUUAAAUAUAAUUACAUUUUACUAGAACUCUAUAAAUCAGAAAAAUGAAGAAACUGAAUGAAAUUCGAUGUGUUUUCAUUAUCAAAAAGGAAACUGGCUUUUUUUUUUAACCAAAAAAAUUUUCACUAAUUUUAAGUCAACACAUCACAACAUGCAUAUUCAAGUGGGGAUUGCUGUUUUCAAGUAGUCAGCUUGGAUGGCUAGAAAUUUGGUCUUUUGCAAUUGCCUCUCAGGCCUACAGAAUACUCAUUCAUUCAUUCAUUCAUUCAUUCAUUCAGCAAACAUUUGUACCAUGAACGUUUCUAUUCACCGAGGUUACAAUUGUCCUUUCUGUCAAGGUGCUUACAUUCUAGCAAAGAGGAAAAGCCAAGUGCCACGUGGACCCAGACAUCGGCGGGAGAGAUGCAAGGUUCUGUCAGGCGAUCCCCCUUGGCUGAGAAUCAUGAGGCUGGUGUCCUUGUGGCUUAUCAAGUGGUUUGUAGACUGUUCCAAGGACAAGCCACUCACGUGGCAGCCUCUUUGGGGAAGCUCUUGGACAAGUAGCUUUGCGUGUGUUCCUGAUCUGGUGUACGUGCCAAACACACUCACCCCCCACACAAUGCCUUGUAUAUGGUAGACACAAUAUGUUGAACUAAUAAAUUUGUUAAAAUCUAAAGUUAGUCAUUUCUCAAGUUUGUACUUCGCGUAUCAGAAGUCAGCUGCAAGAAAACUUUGAAAAAUGAAGACUGACAAUCUUAAGCAGUGGGACAUCAUGUCCUUCGGGUAGUAAUGCCACCCUGUUACCUAUAGGCAGCCUGAGAGGAGCUGGUUGUCCAGCAGAACUGGACAUCAGUGUCUUCCGUGGCCUGGUGAGUGGCUCAGACUGCUGCCUGCCGACUCUGGAGAGAGGUUUGUGGUUAUAAUUUCUCCCACUUGCCCAUAGUAGUUGUUACAAAUAGUCCUGCACGAGGAAGCCACCAGCCCCAGUGAGCGCCUUCCAUGGUGAUCUGGUCGCCCUUCCCUGGAGGCCGUUGCCAUCACAGUGUGGUGGUUACACAUGGUGUUUCCAUGAUGGGCUGACAGCGAAGGCUU